AGCCUUCCAAGUUUCCAAAAUAUGAUGGAAAAUAUCCUUCGAGGUCAGCAAGUUGAACUGCAAGCCCUUCCUUCCAGGGCUGCGACCAGGAACACAGAAAGAUGGAUCCGUUCCAACAGAGGCUGCUGGGACCAGCGGCGGCGAGGGAAGAAGCCGCAGCGAGCGGCUCUUGCUUCAGGCACGGCACCGUCUAGGGAGAGGGUGGCAGCUGCCACCGGGCAGGGCUGCCAUGGCCCGGGUCCAGCUCAACGCCUGGCUGAUCCUGUGCGUGUUUGCUGGAUCCCAGAGGCUGACAGAUGAACAUCCUCACAGCAGGGACAGUGCCGGUGCCAACACACCCCAUCGUGGCCCAGAGGACGCCAACGUCAUGUUAGAGAUCCUCUGGGGAGGGCUGGAUAUUCAGGCCAACGGGACAAUCCGGCUGCAGGAUGAAGAGCUGGCCUCCCUGCGCCCGGCACGGCAGUUCCUGCAGAUUUUAGAGGAUGAAGUUCCCAAAACACCGCCGGAGAUUGAGCAGCAUCUGAGAUAUUAUUCACUGACUGAUACCCCCUUGCCUCUAACAGAGUUUGAUCGUCUCCUUUUCACCAGUGUUUACUGUGCCUACCAGGUUCGCUCCGUGCAAGGUCUGGAUAAAAACCUCUGGAUUAGAUUUUUCUCUCAGCUGGUCGAUGAAAUCUUUCGUGAUCUGUGCAAGGGGCUCUGCCCUGCAAAUACCACCCUUCUCCUGGCUUCCUGGCCAUGGAAGGAGAAGCCCUCCCAUUUAGCAUCCCUGAAACACUCCUAUCCUUCCAACCUGGCCAGGACGAAGAGAGACACUUAAUUAUGGAAACUACCGUAGUAAAGGACAUACCUGACCUCAGCCGCUUCCUUCGUUAUUUUGAAUGCUUUCCACAUUAUUCAGGACUUUGUACAAAUAUGCCCUGCUUUUUGUCCUGCUUUCUGCAGGGUUUAUAAAUCUAAGGAUUCAUACACGAGCUUUUAUAUUUAAAUGAAAUAGGACGAAACUAUAAAAUGCAUUUCCCCUUUCUUGGUUUGUUUUGGUUUUUUUUCCCUGUUCAUUUUUUUUUUUUAAAGUGGGCUGUGCUGAAGGGGACAUAGAUGUGUCCCCUAUAGAUGUGUUACAUAGAUGUGUUAUCUGUCUUGAUCACUGCUGCUUACUGGGGAAGUGCCCUGGCAGUUUUUUUUCCAGGAUGUUACACUGAUAUCCUAGCUGACUUCAUUUCAGAUAAUUCCGUUCAGCCUCCUUAUAUUCCCGCUGUGGUUUCAGCCAAAUACAGUAUCUUUUCUCCUCUCCAGUAACCAGCUAAGCAGAUUUUCUUGCGUUUUGUGAUAUAGGUCACAUAUUUAAUUUCAGCUUUCUUCUCAUGUGGCAUCACAUUUUAUGUGUCCAUAGUAAUUUCCCAUCUCAUGUACUCAUUUUUCUUUAAAAAGCAACCUGAAAAUAUAUGUAUACCAUGAAGAUUUCUAGUAUUUGCGUAUCAUAUUUACAUAUGUACCCUGCUUUGUGUCAGUUACCAGUUUGGAAUAUACUUCCUUAAAUCUCAUUUAAAUUCCUAAGGAUCGUGACCUAGUUAUUUCUUCAGCAGAUUUUACUUCUUCUAUGAAGUUUUUUUUGUACAGCUAUGGCACUUUACAAGCCAAACAUAAUAAAUACACAAUCUCUAUCCUCAAAAUCA